CAUAUUUUUAAUGUUUUUUAUAUGUUCAGAAUUGAUAUUAAGUUUUUUCAUAUUUUUGAUGUUUUAUAUAUGUUUAACAUUGAUAAUAAGUUUUGCUAUUUUCUUUACUGAUGAAAUGCUUUGUUUGAAAUAUGAGCCUAUUGCUUUGUUUGAAAUGUGAGCCUGUCGCUUAAGCUUCGCUUCUAGAGAAACGGGGUUUUCCACAGAAGUAAGACGAGAGAUCUGAGCUCAUGGACAGCUGUGCUUUGGUACAGGAUGUGGUUUAACACCUGCAAGGAACCAGCAUUUCAUAGACGCAUCUCAGUCUGUGUAGGGGUGCAUGUGUGUUUUGUGUGUGUGUGUUUGCAGGCUACUGGCAGAUUCUAACUGGUUGAAAUGAGAUCUGAUGAUGGGAAGGCGAAUAAUGGAUUGGAGGCUCAUCGAGAGUGGGGAGGAGACAACCAAGAAUAAAAACUAUUGUUUUAUGUUUGUACGGCAAUACUGGAGCGCCCAGUUUGCCUUUUCAUGGUGUCUCUUCAGUAUUCCUGGGCUCAGCAUUGUUGAUCUGAUCCUUUUUAUUAAAUUUUGAUUACUUGAUAAAGUUAAGUUUCCUGCGUCUACUUUCAAGCGAAUCCUGAACUCGGGGAGGGAAAAAACCAUUUUCCAACAAUUUGGAGGGGGCACCCGGAUUCGCUCAGACGCUUCGUCGAGUUGGAGGACGAUCUCAAAUCAACCUCUGCGCAGAACUUCUAAUAAGAAAAAUUGGCCAACAGAGAGUGAAGCAUCUAGGCCUGCAGAAGACACAACACUGUGGGUGAGAUUGAAACAACACAAACGAAAAUGGUCUAGUCCCAGGUGGUCCGAACCGUUACGAGUCACGGCUAGGACAUCCCAUUGUGUGCAAUUAGCAGGUAAAGGCACAACAUGGUAUCAUUUGUCUGCUUGUAUGUUUUGUCCUUCUCCAGACAGGUCUUUGGCGGAUGUCAGAGUUGACCUCAGGAGAGGUCAAAGAGAGGGAGAAGAAGGAGAAGGAGACACUGAGGAGCCUGAGGAGCCAGAAAGAGAGGGAGAAGGCGGGGAAAGAAGCGGACAAACAGAAGCAGCCCCAGCCCUCAGAACACAGCUAAGCGCAACCCUUGUAUUUAAAAUCUUGCAACGAACUGGAGACUUGCUUCAGACACCAGAACACAUUCCCAUUGCACAUUGUAUAAGUGCUGAUUAUGCACUGGGAGCUGGGGUAGCUAAACAAAUUAGAGACAAAUACGGUGUAGAAGAAUUGAACACUUCAGUCGCCCAACCAGGGGAUUGUAUCAAAACUACACACGGUCCACGACAAAUUUACCAUUUGGUGACCAAAUGGUGGUGUAGGGACCUACCCACCUACGAGCAUCUCGAGGCUAGUCUGAUAAAAUUGUGUUACCAGUGUAAGAAAGAUAAAAAUAAAAUAUUAGCUAUACCAAAAUUAGGGUGUGGAUUAGACAAAUUAGACUACACCAAAGUAAAAGAAAUAAUUGAGAAAGUAUUCAAAGAGGGCCACAUUCAGGUAAUUCUCCUAACAAAAUGAAUAAAAUAAACAAAUUGGUGGUGGCAUGGGGAAUAAUGUUGGUGGUAAUCCUAUGGAUAAUCUGCCAUAUGGAAUUCGGAGGGGCAACAAAGGAAAAACGGAGUGUAAAAGAAGGGGGGGGAACAGGGGUGCGUAUUACCUUAGAAAGAGAAGAGGGAAAGGAUGGGAUGUGGCAGUUUGAUCUUUGUCAAGUGAUAGAUUGUGGGAAGGACCAAGUGGCAUGGAGAAAAUAUGAUGUUUAUGGGUGUUUGUGGCCAUCUACCACCACGCUUCCGAAUGGUCCCCAUUGUCAUACCUGGCAUGAAGUAAAUUGGAAAACAGCCCCAGGAUUCAUUAAAAAGAUGUUGAAAAAUAGUCCUUUGGCCAAGGCAGACAGCAUCCAACAUCGACUUAGGUUGUCUAGGGGAUACCAACAUAGUUGGGGAGGCUGGAAAAACACGUUGAUUAUAUCACUAAAAAAUGGCAAUGAUGAAACUGACACGUACAUCACUCUAGGGGUAGAUGUAGAAGGAAGAGACCCACUGGGGUUGAUAAAAAUCUCCGUAAAAAAGCCUAAACCCACAGGGGCGCCAAUAAUCACAGACCUAACCAAAAACAAGAAGAAAGUAAUACAGAGCACUGACUAUAGCAAACUGACCCCACUAGAUCUGAUGACGCUGGAGACAGGCUAUCACGAAACAAAUUUAUGGUUAGAAUGGGUGACAAACGCAGCCGAAGAAUUAGGAUUUGAGGGGUGCCUAGCUUGUGCAGCAGGAAGGCCACAAUUAAAUACUGAACCCGCUCCAUUACAUGAUUAUGAUAGUUGGGGGUACAAAUGUAUGUUAAAACUAACAAAGGAAAAAAGUCCCAAAAACUGCACUGCACUCAGUAAUCUAUACCCACCAGCUGGAAAUGAGUCAUCAAUGGGAGUUGCAUUAAAAAGAAGAAAGGGUAAUUAUACCUGUUUCAAUUUAACUACCUCCAGUGCAUCCAAAAUAUUAGUGGGAGCAUUUAAAUGGGAAUGGUGUGGACAGAUGAUUCAGGAAGGCCAUGACAAACUAGGGGGAUGGGGCAGAGUGGGUUUGUAUUACGCGUGUGGAGAAAAGGUGGUAUUGGCUAGAAUAGAACCCACCAUGGAAGGAGUAUGUGCUAUGAUAAGAGUCGCUGUUCCUAUGGUCGUGAUAGGAAAUAGGGCUAUAAAUGGGCAUAAAAACAGGCGAAAAAGGUCAGUGAAUAGUGAUUUCGAUUUAACACGCAAUAGCCCCACCUACAUAGACGCAAUAGGCAUCCCCAGGGGAGUUCCAGAUGAAUAUAAAUUGGCUGACCAAGUAGCAGCAGGGUUCGAAAAUAUACCUGUAAUAGCAGCAUUAUUCCCCGUGACCCCAAAUAAAAAUGUAGACAGAAUAAAUUACAUACAUUACAACGUACAAAGGCUGUCAAAUCUCACUAGAGAUGCUGUGUCUGGAUUAAAAGAACAAUUGGCUGCUACCUCUUUGAUGACUAUACAAAAUCGAUUAGCUUUAGACAUGUUAUUAUCAGAAAGGGGCGGGGUUUGCUCUAUGUUUAAAGACACGUGUUGCACCGUCAUACCAAACAACACUGCCCCUGAUGGUUCCGUAUCCAGGGCUCUGGAGGGACUAAAAGAAUUGUCAAAUGAACUGAAAGCUAGCUCAGGGAUAGAAAAUGCUGUGUCUAAAUGGAUGUCUGAUAUGUUUGGGGAAUGGAAAGGGGUGAUUAUUGCUAUGUUAACAUCAAUGGGUAUUUUCCUAGGAAUUUUGGUGACAUGUGGGUGUUGCUGUAUUCCCUGUAUCAGAAGUUUGAUAAAUAGGCUGAUAAUAACUGCAAUUGAAAAGAAGGAAAGCCCACCUCCUUAUCAGAUGCCCCUCCUUGCUGCAGCGGAGGGGGAUGACGUGAUGGAGGAAGUGGAGGAACUAUUGGAUAUGGUGUGAUCUCUUUCGAGAUCAAGAGAGGGAAUUGAGGGAAUUAUAUUUUUGAGGGAAUCAUAUUUUUAAUGUUUUUUAUAUGUUCAGAAUUGAUAUUAAGUUUUUUCAUAUUUUUGAUGUUUUAUAUAUGUUUAACAUUGAUAAUAAGUUUUGCUAUUUUCUUUACUGAUGAAAUGCUUUGUUUGAAAUAUGAGCCUAUUGCUUUGUUUGAAAUGUGAGCCUGUCGCUUAAGCUUCGCUUCUAGAGAAACGGGGUUUUCCACAGAAGUAAGACGAGAGAUCUGAGCUCAUGGACAGCUGUGCUUUGGUACAGGAUGUGGUUUAACACCUGCAAGGAACCAGCAUUUCAUAGACGCAUCUCAGUCUGUGUAGGGGUGCAUGUGUGUUUUGUGUGUGUGUGUUUGCAGGCUACUGGCAGAUUCUAACUGGUUGAAAUGAGAUCUGAUGAUGGGAAGGCGAAUAAUGGAUUGGAGGCUCAUCGAGAGUGGGGAGGAGACAACCAAGAAUAAAAACUAUUGUUUUAUGUUUGUACGGCAAUACUGGAGCGCCCAGUUUGCCUUUUCAUGGUGUCUCUUCAGUAUUCCUGGGCUCAGCAUUGUUGAUCUGAUCCUUUUUAUUAAAUUUUGAUUACUUGAUAAAGUUAAGUUUCCUGCGUCUACUUUCAAGCGAAUCCUGAACUCGGGGAGG